CUUUUUUCGUUUUUACACAAAACUUUUAUAACGGUAACUGCAAUGCAGUCUGAUUCUAAUAAUAAUGAGGACGCAAGAAGCACCAGCUCAACUUUAGUAAACGGCGAACAUAGCGCUAGAAAUGAAGCAGAUGUACCCGAAAGAACGACAACCGAAGACCCUCGCCCAACUAAUUUGAACCUACCUCAAAUCAGACACGGUUUUGACCAAGAGUUAUAUGAAGAAGAUAUCAUUCGGUUUUUGUACUUUUCCGAAAAAAGACAUGACACCAAUGCUCAACCAAGUGUUACUGUGCGCAAUGCUUUGAAAGAUUGGCGACUUAGAGAAAGAAUAAAGACUGUGUCAGGCUUGUUGGUGGUGUGUCUCAACAUUGGUACUGAUCCCCCAGAUGUAGUCAAAACGAAUCCUUGUGCCAAGUUGGAAUGUUGGAUAGAUCCCUUUUUACUUAUUCCACAAAAAUCGCUGGAAGCCAUUGGAAAGAACCUACAUAAUCAAUACGAAACAAUUAACGGACGUACACGAUUUAAAUUGUCGUUGGACCCUUCUGUUGAAGAAACCAAAAAGGUGUGCUGUCAAAUGAGAAGAAAUGCGAAAGAAGAACGAAUUUUGUUUCAUUAUAAUGGACAUGGUGUACCAAAACCGACCACAAGUGGAGAAAUAUGGGUUUUUAAUAGGAAUUAUACACAAUACAUUCCUGUUUCAUUAUUUGAUUUGCAAUCUUGGCUUGGUUCUCCCGUCAUUUAUGUUUGGGACUGCUCCGCUGCCGGUAAUAUCAUUAAUGCAUUCAAUAGAUUUGCUGAACAACGCGAUACAGAAGCUUUAAGAAUGGCGCAACAACAUCAAAGCACUUCAACAACCCAAGCUUCUUGGAAGGAUAGUAUACAGCUGGCUGCUUGUGGCCCUACAGAAACCUUACCAAUGAAUCCCGAUUUACCAGCUGAUGUCUUUACUGCUUGUUUAACUACCCCAAUCGAAAUGUCUUUGCGAUGGGUCGUAAUGAGAAACCCUCUAUUAACCUCAAAUAUUACAAUGGAUAUGGUACUUCAAUUACCAGGAAGAUCAACUGAAAGGCGUACUCCCCUCGGUGAAUUAAACUGGAUCUUUACUGCUGUAACUGAUACAAUUGCUUGGUGUGUACUUCAAGAUAAUCCGGAGUUAUUCAAAAGAUUGUUUAGACAGGAUUUGACUGUUGCUUCCAUGUUUAGAAAUUAUUUAUUAGCCGAAAGAAUUAUGCGAUCAUAUCAAUGUACUCCAAUGUCGACUCCAAAAUUACCUGAAACCCAUGACCAUCCAAUGUGGCAAGCCUGGGAUCUAGCUGUCGACAUGUGUUUAUUCCAAUUGCCUGCCUUGAAAGCUGCUGAAAAUGGUGGUCCUCCUCAUGAGUAUCAAUCGAGUACAUUCUUUUCGGAGCAAUUGACUGCUUUCGAGGUUUGGUUAUCAGAAGGUGCUGUCAAUCCAAAGAUACCUGAACAGUUACCUAUUGUUUUACAAGUUUUGUUGAGUCAGGUGCAUAGACUUCGUGCUUUAAUUUUACUCAGUAGAUUUCUAGAUUUAGGUCCUUGGGCUGUUAAUGCCGCUUUAUCUGUUGGUAUUUUCCCCUAUGUUUUGAAACUGUUACAAAGUCCUGCAGCGGAACUAAAACCCGUCUUGGUGUUUAUUUGGGCUAGAAUAUUAGCCGUAGAUAGGUCUUGUCAAAAUGAUUUAUUGAAAGACCACGGGUAUGCCUACUUUAUCAAUAUAUUGACACCGAACAAUGCAAUGCUAAGUAUACCCCAUGUGUCUGAACACCGUGCCAUGAGUGCUUUUAUCCUGUCGGUCUUUUGUACGAAUUUCAAGAUGGGCCAGCAAGCUUGUUUACGUGGCAAUGUAAUUAGUGCCUGCUUAGCUCACGUAAAGGAUCCUGAUCCAUUAUUGCGUCAAUGGAUUUGUUUAUGCUUAGCCCAAGUCUGGAUGAACAACAGCGAAGCAAAAUCUGCCGCUAUUGCCGAAAAUGGACACGAAAAGUUAUGCGCCUUACUUAGUGAUAAUGUUCCCGAAGUACGUGCAUCAGCCAUGUAUGCACUUGGUACAUUCUUAGCAGAUCCCAACAAAACAGAACAAAUUGUUAAUAUUGAGCAUAACAUUGCCAUCUCAGCGUUAACUGUUAUGUCAGAUGGCUCUCCUAUGGUUCGUAGAGAGUUCAUCAUUGCUUUGUCUCAUAUAGUAGAUCAAGCAGGCCCUGGAAAGUUUUUAGCAGCUGCUAGCCAGACUAUUGAAGAAGAUCAGUCUCAGAGGUCUGUUUUUGGAGAAGAUCGUGGAAAGAUUAUUCGUGGCAGGCAGUCUGAAUGGAGAGCUGCAUUGGAUGGUCACUUUGGCUCAUCAAGCUAUGACUCUGUUUAUGCAGUUAUUUGGAAAGCUUUGUUAAACCUCUCGGUUGAUCCCCAUCCUGAUGUCUCCAAAUCAGCUGCAACUGUUGUAGAUCACAUCAACGCUCUUCUGCUAAGUACGCCAAUGAUUGGUGAAUAUGCAUCAAAUUUAGCACGGGAAUCUGCUCAUCAACAAGCAUCUCAAGAUAACGCUGCCUUUGGAUUAGAUAGAUCAUCAUCUUUUCAGACUUUUGAGGAAAAUAGUAGUAGAUUAUCCGCAACAAAUCAGUCAUCACCAAUGACGCGUAGACCGGUCAAACUAACUAGAUCGGUCUCGUUUGCUUCCACUCUGCGUACCAUAUAUAAUUUUGGUAACACGUCUUCCAACCUAAACGCUCCCCCUACCAAUGCAAACGACCUUCAGCAACAAAGUCCCAGUAGUGAAAACAGUCGGAAUGUUGCCUCCACUGCUACAACAAAGCAUAAUUCUUUAAACAAAAAUACGGGUCAGCCAGCACCUACCGAAGAUAGUGCUUUACCUUUACUAUCUACUUUCUAUGACUGGAGCUGCGAAUACUUUACAGAGCCUCAGAUGAGAGCUGCUGAAGCAGAUGAACCUGGAAGUGUUGUUUAUACCCAACGAAAAUGGCGUAGAAGUCGUAACGAAAAAAUUUUGCAAGAAUCUAAUUCAACCAAAGGCAUGGCUGGGUCCAGCCGAUGGGAUGAACAAAUCAAUUCUAUGUACAACGAUACGGAAGCAACUCUUCUGCUGCUACAUCAAUUUGAACCUCAUUUAGUUGCAGCUGACUCAUACAAUUGUUUGGUUGUUUGGGAUUGGAAAACUGGUACUCCUCUAAGUGUAAUUGAUAAUCACAAUCCAGCACACAGUCGAAUUUCGGAUAUGAAAUUUAUCAAUGAGGAAGAUGAGGCAUUGCUCUUGACUGGAUCAGACGAUGGCGUUGUUAGACUUUACAAAAAUUACGACGGAAGUGACCAAGAACAAGCGGUAUUAGUAAGCUCAUGGCGGGCACUUAAGGAUAUGGAGAAAAGUAAUUCGAGACAAAGUGGCCUUGUCAGCGAUUGGCAUCAAGCAAGAGGUUUACUGUUUACCGGUGGCGAUGCUAGAAUUAUUAAAGUUUGGGACGUUCAUCAAGAAAUGCCUGUAAUGGAUAUACCUACUCAAUCACUUGGAUGUGUUACUAGUAUCACCAGUGACCAAGUGAACGGGAACAUCAUCAUUGCUGGUUUCGGUGAUGGAUCUAUUUCUGUGUAUGAUCGUCGUCUCAGCCAAGAUGAAUCACUUGUCAAGAAAUGGGAUGAACACAAGGCGUGGGUAACUGGUGUCCACUUACAACGUGAGGGCAAUCGAGAAUUAAUUUCAGGUGGAUUUGAAGGUGAUAUUAAGAUCUGGGAUAUUCGUGAAACCCAAUCUUUAAGGACAAUCGAAGCUCACACCCAUAAUGAAAUGACUGCCUUGGCAGUACACGAUCAUAGUCAAAUCAUUGCAAGUGCUGGCGAUGAUCAAAUUAUCAAAGUUUGGAACAUGGAUGGUCAAAGACUUUCAACGAUCCGUCCUUCUUCUGGUUUCCUGGGCCAAAAGUCAUCGUCUACUCGUACAUUAGCUUUCCAUCCCAAUCUUAUGUUCAUGGCUGCUAGUAGUGAUGAUGGCUAUAUUAAUUUAUAUGGAACACAUUAA